AUGGCCAAGUUUCUCAACCCAGAGGAGAUGACCUCGCGAGACUACUACUUUGACUCCUAUGCCCACUUUGGCAUUCAUGAGGAAAUGUUGAAGGAUGAAGUGAGGACACUCACCUACAGGAACUCCAUGUACCACAACAAGCACAUCUUCAAGGAUAAAAUAGUGCUGGAUGUUGGAAGCGGGACUGGGAUCCUUUCUAUGUUUGCGGCCAAAGCAGGGGCAAAGCAUGUAUAUGGGAUUGAGUGUUCCAGUAUAUCGGAGUACUCCGAGAGGAUCAUCAAGUCCAACCACCUCGACAGCGUUAUCACCAUUUUCAAAGGCAAGGUUGAGGAAGUGGAGCUUCCUGUUGAAAAAGUUGACAUCAUCAUAUCUGAAUGGAUGGGCUACUGCCUCUUCUAUGAAUCCAUGCUCAACACUGUCAUCUUUGCCAGGGACAAGUGGCUGGUAAGACCCCAAAUGUUUACAUAUCCUGUGGCUUUUGCUGGCUCUAUAAACCAAAUAGAAACUUGGAGCAAAUACAACAAGAAAAGAUUAAUUCUAAAUAUGUUUAGGAUGUGAUAACAAAAUCAUUUUGUGACGCUAUAUUUACCAGGGUGGGAGAACGUGUAUGGCUUUGACAUGACGUGUAUCCGUAACGUGGCCAUGAAGGAACCCCUGGUGGACGUAGUAGACCCCAAACAGGUGGUGACCAACUCCUGCCUGGUCAAGGAAGUGGACAUCUACACAGUAAAACCUGAGGACCUGUCCUUCACAUCAUCUUUUUGCCUGCAGAUCCAGAGGAAUGACUACAUCCACGCACUGGUCACUUACUUUAACAUUGAAUUUACUAAGUGUCACAAGAAGACAGGUUUUUCCACAGCUCCAGAUGCUCCAUACACCCACUGGAAGCAGACAGUAUUUUACCUGGAGGACUAUUUAACAGUCCGAAGAGGAGAAGAGAUCGUUGGCUCAAUUGCUAUGAAGCCCAAUGAGAAAAAUGUUCGUGACUUAGACUUCACCUUUGAGCUGGAUUUCAAAGGGCAGCUGUGCGAAGCAGCCAUAUCCCACGACUACAAGAUGCGUUAAGUUUCACUGCGGGGACAUUGGUGCCCCGCUGAGUGCAACUCCUGAGCACCAGAGGGAGACAAAGACACUCUCAUGACCACAGACAGAUGCACAGCGGGACCCGAGACUCACAGAGGAGGAAAUUAGGUUUAGCUGGCACCACUGACAAUAUCAAUAUUGUUGCUACUUGUAUGAUGAAGGCAGGAUGUUGACUGUUAAGCAAUUCUGAAUGUAACAAAACGUGUUAAGAAACUGUUCUAGUCUCGAUGAAUGUUAAUUACUGACGUAAGUAUAUGUGAGAUGGAGUGACGUACUUGUGUGUUUUCUUCAGUAUUUGUUUUUCCACACUAACCCGGACCUUAUGGAGCGACAUUUGGCAUUUUUAAAAUACAGCAAUGAGUUACUCUAAUGUCCACAUUCUGUUACAGUAGAGGAUACAUUUAAUUUUUUAAAUGUCAUGUACUGUAGCAAAGGAUUACCAGUAAAAUGAUUUAUUUAUUGUUGUAUCAGUUUAGCAAUGAAGCGACUGAACACCACAGCCAGGACAAAGAAACGUGUAAUGUGAAAGGUAAUGUGUUUGCAUAGUCAGUGUAGUAGUGGUUUACAGUGCGUGUAAAAUAGAAGGUGUCAAAGUUCACGCUGUUAAACUGUUUGGACAUCCGGUGUGCUUUGUGUUGUCAGUUCGAGCUGUGAUGUUGACCUGCCAAUAACAUACUUUUCCCAUCCUAAAUGCCUUGACCAAGUGCCGAAGUGUACCGAGUUUUGUUCCACACUGCUGAGUUUAGCUUCUUACAGUGGUUUCAUAUGUAGACACAAGCCACUCUUAUUCUAUUGAUUUAAGAUUAAGCAGUUCUUCAAAUCUAGCCUCAAGCCGUUUAGUCUAUGCCUGAGCAUAAUUCACGUCAAGGAAUCAAAGGAAAGCCUGCGUAACUCAUACUGUUAAUAAUGCAGCUGGAUCCUACACAGACAACAAAGAAUUAUUACAAAGGGAGUCAAUAAAAUAUUGAUGACCUGCUUUAGUUAUAUCCCAAUAUCUUGGCUUCAACCAAACUGACGGAUACUGAAAAUGAGGUUUCUUCUAGCAAACGUACAGACCACAAGAUAUGGUUCUUUGGUUUUUAUCUCAGGCUCCCCCUUUUGAUUCACACUGGAUUCAGUGUACUGAUGGGGAUCUUUUCAUUUCCCUGUACUCUUACUACAGUCAUUGCCAAGGUGCCCAGUGAAGAAUUUAUUCAGUAAAGAUCUGCAGAUAUUUUACAUAUCUGAAACCUCGCAUUAGUGCUCCAGAUCGCCUCACGCGUCACAAGUCUUGACAUUGCCAAAUCCAGCCUCCAUUCUUAAAACACACAGAUGCCCUUGCUACCACAUUCUAAGCAAAAUGUACAAUGUGUGCAUAUGUUGGUAGUGAAUGAAGAUCAUCAUAAUAAACUCAUUUUUACCAACUAAAAGAAAGCGCAGCAUCAAGCUGCAGCGUUGCCCUGUGAGAGCACACGGUUUGAUAAUUGCUUUGAUCGCGUGCAUUUUAUACAGGAUCAUCGUGUGUACAGGAUCAAAGCUAUUGGCACAAAUAAGCAAUAUCACGAGUCAUUUAUGCUUACAGUUAAUUCAAAUUAAAGGUUAUUUAUCUAUAACAAUACCUGCAUCGAAAGAGCACCUUUAGAUUCAGAAAGAAAACAUAUUCAGACAAACAUCCGACUUAUUAAACGCAAACAUGGCGACGGAAUAAGUUAUAAAAAAUCGAUUAAAUCAGCAUGCUGAUUGCACAUGUAUUACUUUUUUAUUGUUGAAUAUAUUGUUUCACAUAUUGUCAUGUACUGUAAGUUUGAAAACUCAAUAAACUGCAAUGUCCAAACAUAU